AUGGAUUUUGACUCUAUCCUGCCCCAAGUGGGCUCCUUCGGUCCCUACCAGAAGUUUGUCAUCUGCGGCGUUCUGCUUCCCGCGGUCUUUCCCUGCGCCUUCCAUGCUUAUAGCCAACUCUUCAUUGCCGCUCGUCCUGCUCACUGGUGUCGCGUGCCCGAGCUCGAUGCCUGGGAUGAGAAUUUCACUCUCAGCAUCCGCAACUUGACUGUGCCUCUGGAAAUGCGCGAUGGCGCUCCUAGGUUCUCAGAAUGCCUGAUGUUUGUGCGGAAUUACAGUGAAUUUGCUGAGAUUUGGGACGAUCAGGGGGCGAAUGCAUCGCGAAAUGUCCUGAGCAGUGAAGUGUCGAGUUGCAAAAAUGGUUGGAAGUACGACACGACAAUCUUUCGCAGCACCGUCGUAACGGAAUGGGAUUUGGUAUGCGAGAAGGACUCUUAUGCCACCGUGGCGCUUGUGCUGUUCGGAGUUGGAGGAUUGAUCGGGAAUUACGUGUUUGGCUACCUUCAGGACUACUGGGGCAGGCGUCCUUCUUUCUACGCCUACCUUCUGUUGGAAAUCGUGGCGGGAUGCUUGAGUGCAGUUGCUUGGAACUACGCUUCCUGGGUCUUUUUCAGGACACUUGUUGGCGUCACGGUCCCUGCUAUACUUGCUAGUCCUUACGUUUUAGCCAUCGAAAUGGUUGGUCCAUCGAAGAGAGUCUUCUGCACUAUCGUGGCAAAUAUCGCCUAUUCCUUGGGACUAGUUCUGCUGGCGGGAAUAGUAUUUGUCAUCAGGGAUUGGAGAUAUCUGACAUUGGCUGUCUCACUGCCUCUGUUCGUCCUCUUCGGGUGUUUCUUCAUUCUCCCAGAAUCCCCCCGAUGGCUUAUUGCCACUGGAAAAUUCUCCGAAGCCGCCAAGAUCAUGGAAAAGAUGGCGGAGAUCAACGGAAAAGUCCUUCCGUCAGACUUUGAGGGCUUCCUUAGGCAGCAAGCUGAGGCUGUAGCGGCCAAAUUCACUCCUCAAGCGCGAUCCUUCGGCAUCAUGGAUCUUCUGAUAACGCCCAACAUGCGCAAGAAAACCCUCAUCGUUACCUUCAUCUGGUUCGCCAACACGAGCGUCUAUGUGGGCCUGAGUUACUACGCCCCUGCUCUCGGUGGCAAUGAGAUCUGGAACUUCUUCCUGGCGGGAUUGGUGGAAUUACCGACUUAUAUCUUCCUCUGGCCCAGCCUGGCCUUCUGUGGACGUCGAUGGAUCCUGUGUUUGUCGAUGUUGGUCGGCGGCGUGGCGUGUUUGGCCACAUUUCUCGUGCAGCAGAGGCAAACGCUGAUGCUGAUCCUGUACUGCAUCGGGAAGAUGGGAAUCUCGUCGGCCUUCGUGGUUCUUCCUCUGGCGGCUUCGGAGUUGUACCCAACUGUCGUCAGGGGCUUGGGAAUGAGCGUGAGCUCUGUGAUAGGCAUGAUAGGGCCAGUCGUGAUACCAAUAAUCAACUACACAGGAAGCAAUAUUCUCGUGCUGCCCUUGAUCAUCAUGGGGACUCUUCUCGUCCUUGGCGGCGUCAUGAGCCUCUUCCUGCCGGAAACCAAGGACCAGCCCUUGCCGCAAACAAUUGAGGAUGGCGAAAACAUUCCUCUGUCGCAUCCAUUUGAAGUGUUUUCAAGACGAAUACGCAAGAAGAAAGCACAGAAUUCGAAACACAACUAUUGAUUUUUCAU